GGCCUCUAGGAGGCAGGGACGGCAGGCCCGGCCAGCCCAGAGGACUCUGUCCAGUGUAAAUGAGGACGCCGCUGGCCCAUGUCCCGCAGGGAUGUAGAGGGCAGCCCCAGAGGCACCGGGCGCUCCCGGCACCAUGGAUGACGCGGCCAUCCUCAAGCGACGAGGCUACAUCAUGGGAAUAAAUUUGGGAGAGGGCUCGUAUGCAAAAGUUAAGUCUGCUUACUCUGAGCGCCUGAAGUUCAACGUGGCGGUCAAGAUCAUCGAUCGCAAGAAAGCCCCCACAGACUUCCUGGAGAAAUUCCUUCCCCGGGAGAUUGAGAUUCUGGCCUUGCUGAACCACCACUCCAUUGUCAAGACCUAUGAGAUCUUCGAGAUAUCUGACGGCAAGGUCUACAUUGUCAUGGAGCUCGGGGUCCAGGGCGACCUCCUGGAGUUCAUCAAGACCCGGGGGGCCCUGCAGGAAGAUGAUGCUCGCAAGAAGUUCCACCAGCUGUCCUCGGCUAUCAAGUACUGCCAUGACCUGGACGUCGUCCACCGAGACCUCAAGUGUGAGAACCUUCUCCUCGACAAGGACUUCAACAUCAAGCUGUCUGACUUUGGCUUCUCCAAGCGCUGCCUGCGGGAUGACAGCGGCCGGCUGGCGCUCAGCAAGACCUUCUGCGGGUCGGCGGCAUAUGCGGCCCCUGAGGUGCUGCAGGGCAUCCCCUACCAGCCCAAGGUGUACGACAUUUGGAGCCUGGGCGUCAUCCUCUACAUCAUGGUCUGCGGCUCCAUGCCCUACGAUGACUCCAACAUCAAGAAGAUGCUGCGCAUCCAAAAGGAGCACCGCGUGGACUUCCCGCGCUCCAAGCACCUGACGGGCGAGUGCAAGGACCUCAUCUACCGCAUGCUGCAGCCCGAUGUCAACCGGCGGCUGCACAUCGAUGAGAUCCUCAGCCACUGCUGGGUGCAGACCAAGUCCCAGGUCCUGUCCUCUGCAGCCAUCAACAAGGAGGGGGAGAGCUCCCAGGGCCCUGAGCCCCCCUGGGCCCCUGAACCUGGCUCUGACAAGAUGUCCACCACCAAGCUGGAGCCCCAGGAGGAGGCCCGGCCCAAGGCCCAGCCCGAGACAAGCCCUGAGGAGGAGCCACUGCAGGUGCAGGUGUCGAGGCAGUCGGAGGCUGCAGGCAUCGCCAGCGAGCAGCCCAGCACAGAGACAGAGGAAGGGCCUCCACGACAGCCUCCGAGUCGCACACCUAGCCAGCCCUUUGCAGCCCCGGAGGCUGGCAGGGAACGAGCCAGAGCUCACAGCUUGGAGCCUGAGCCCCAGAGAAGCCAAAGAAAGAAGACAGGCCCAGAUGAGCCACUAUUUUCGUCAGUUUCUUCCCCUCCCUUUGAACUUGGUAACCCACGUGACUAAAGAAGCAAUAAAUCACUAUAUUA